UCGGUAUAUAAGUCUGAACCUCCACCUCCCAACUCCACACCAUUCGUGAGCAGCGGCAUCAAAAGGAAUAGCGAAAUCGGUCUAUUUUGAAGUCCCGUAACAACACAUAAACAGUCACCAUGUGCGACGAGGAUGUAGCAGCUUUGGUUGUAGACAAUGGAUCCGGUAUGUGCAAGGCCGGUUUCGCCGGAGACGAUGCCCCAAGGGCUGUUUUCCCAUCCAUCGUCGGAAGGCCGCGUCACCAGGGUGUCAUGGUAGGUAUGGGUCAGAAGGACAGCUAUGUAGGAGAUGAAGCCCAGAGCAAGAGAGGUAUUCUGACCCUGAAGUACCCCAUCGAGCACGGUAUCGUCACCAACUGGGACGAUAUGGAGAAGAUCUGGCAUCACACCUUCUACAACGAGCUUCGUGUUGCCCCAGAGGAGCACCCCGUCCUCCUUACCGAGGCUCCCCUCAACCCCAAGGCCAACAGGGAAAAGAUGACCCAGAUCAUGUUCGAGACCUUCAAUGCCCCCGCCAUGUACGUCGCCAUCCAGGCCGUUCUCUCCCUGUACGCCUCCGGACGUACCACCGGUAUCGUUCUCGACUCCGGAGAUGGUGUAACCCACACAGUCCCAAUCUACGAAGGUUAUGCCCUCCCCCACGCCAUCCUCCGUCUGGACUUGGCUGGACGUGAUCUCACCGAUUACUUGAUGAAGAUCCUCACCGAGCGUGGUUACUCUUUCACCACCACGGCCGAGCGUGAAAUCGUCCGUGACAUCAAGGAGAAGCUCUGCUACACCGCCCUGGACUUCGAGCAGGAGAUGGCCACCGCCGCUGCCUCCUCCUCCCUCGAGAAGUCAUACGAGUUGCCCGACGGUCAGGUCAUCACUAUUGGCAACGAGCGAUUCAGGUGUCCAGAGACCCUCUUCCAGCCAGCCUUCAUCGGUAUGGAAUCCGCUGGUAUCCACGAGACCACAUACAACAGCAUCAUGAAGUGCGACAUUGAUAUCCGUAAGGAUCUGUACGCCAACACCGUUCUCUCCGGAGGCACCAGCAUGUACCCAGGUAUCGCUGACAGGAUGCAGAAGGAGAUCACAGCCCUUGCCCCAAGCAGCAUGAAGAUCAAAAUUAUCGCCCCACCAGAAAGGAAAUACUCCGUAUGGAUCGGUGGCUCCAUCUUGGCUUCCCUCUCCACCUUCCAGCAGAUGUGGAUCAGCAAGCAGGAGUACGACGAGUCCGGCCCAUCCAUCGUCCACCGCAAGUGCUUCUAAACGUCUCGCUCCCCGCUCCAAAUCAAAACCAAGAUGGACUCAUGCAAAGACACUAUUGGCGCGCAGGCUAGGUUAAAAUUUCACCUGCACCUAGACCUUAAGUCCAUGUAUACCAUCUUGGUAACACCAUGCAACUUCUUUAUAAUAAAGCGCGUCUUUUGUUUUUCUUACACCAUGCGUCACACGACCCACAAUGUCUCAAGAGGGUUUAGUCAUUCUUUUAUGUAAAUUUGCUCUCUCUCUCCCUCUCUCUUUUUAAGUAUCUGUCUCAUGUCUUAUAUCAACGGAUAAGGGCUCGCUGAUUGGAGGGCUGACAUUGGCAGUUUUUUCUUUGUGCAAUCUGUAGUCGGAGCCCUGUAGAUUCUAUAUUUAUUUUAGAGUAUUACUUAUAGAUUUAUUGUGACGUCAACCUCUUCUGUCAAACAUAAUUGUAAGAUCAUGCACACUGUAUGACGGGUCAUCCCUAGAGGGGGUAUGCCUUGAGAGCGUCUAACGUCCCGCAAUACCAAGAUUGUUAUGUUGUAUGUCCGAUUCUUUAACAUCAUGGAUCCUCUCGUUAAUUGAAAGUCAACUGGAUAAGACUUUAAGGGAUUGGUACAUUGAUAUGGAAUUCACCAGAACUAUGUGUUGAAAGACAUUAGAAACAGCCAAAAGAAAUAAUUUUUUUGAUCGGCGAAGGCAAUUUUUGUGAAUUCAUUUUUUUUCUUAUAGAUUUAGUUGGAAUGUAACUUGUUAUGGUUUAUUAUUAAUAUCAAUAAAAGUACUGAAAGCCGUUCAAA